CUUCUUCCUUACUCGUUCCUCCUUCCUCAUCACCACCAUACGCGAACACGACGACACCAGCCAGCAAGCAGCGGAGGAGAGAGAGAGAGAGAGAGAGACUCCAUAGACGGCCAUCGAUCGUACGCGACUCCCCCCAUCCAUCCAUCCACCCGCCGGCGCCCCCUCCCUCUCAUCGAUCGAUCGAUUCCCACCGCCGCCCCCGUUUUGACCACCUACCUAGGGUUUCCCCCAUCGGAAUGAUGACCAUGAGCGACGAUGGAGACCGCACCUGCCCGCUCUGUGCUGAGGACAUGGACAUCACUGACCAGCAGCUCAAGCCCUGCAAAUGCGGCUAUGAGAUUUGUGUCUGGUGCUGGCACCACAUCAUUGAUAUGGCUGAGAAAGAGGACACUGAGGGCCGCUGCCCCGCAUGCCGCACUCGCUAUGACAAAGAUAGGAUUGUCAAGAUGGCUGCCACUUGUGACAGGUCCCUCCAUCUCAAACCGUCUUUUUUCCUUUCACCUCACUAACUGCACUGACAUGCGAAGAUGGCCGCACAAGAGCUUAGGGUCUUCAGUUCAACAAAACGAAACAUCACCCAGUUGUCGUGAAUUGUGGACGGUAGUGGAGAAAAAUGUGGACAAGAAACAGAAGACCCAAAAGGUCAAGUCAAAGGCCGCGGUAACUGUGGAAGCUAAGAAACAUCUUGCUAGCGUCAGGGUUAUCCAGAGAAACCUCGUGUACAUAAUUGGACUACCUGCAAAUUUAUGCAACGAAAGCAUACUUGAGCGCAGGGAAUACUUUGGUCAGUAUGGCAAGGUUCUGAAAGUUUCAGUUUCUCGGCCGACUGGGGCUCCUUCCCAGCAGGCACCAACAAACAACAGUAUCAGCGUAUAUAUUACAUAUGCCAAAGAAGAAGAGGCCAUCAGGUGUAUUCAAGCUGUACACAAUUUUGUUUUGGAAGGGAAAGUGUUAAGAGCGUGCUUUGGUACUACAAAGUAUUGCCAUGCAUGGCUGCGGAACAUGACCUGUGGAAAUCCAGAUUGUCUCUAUUUACAUGAUGUAGGAAGCCAGGAAGAUAGUUUCACUAAAGAUGAGAUAAUCUCAGCAUAUACAAGGAGUAGGGUUCCCCAAAUGGCGUCUAAUGUUUCUCAAAGACGCGCAGGGACUGUAUUACCUCCUCCAGCAGAAGAUUUCUCAUAUAGUGCAGUGGUUGCAGCUAAACAUCCAAUCAAGAAUGGAAUAACUAAUACUGCAAAUCAAUCCAGGCUUUCGCCUCCAAACAGUAGUUCUGGGAGAUCCACACUUCCACCAGCUGCUUCAUGGGGGCAUCGCGAUUUGAAUACCAGGACAACAGCAACUGGGGUGGCAUCGUCACAAUCUCUUACUAAAUCAAAAGCAGAUCCUCAAAGUAAUUCAUUCUCGAGUUCUUCGACUGUUUCAAGUACAAAACUACCUUCUUCAUGGAAUGAUGACACAAGCACAGUUCCGAAAAUGACGGAAGGACGAGAUAGUUUGUCUAAAACCUUGAAGCCAUAUAAGCCUGGUAUUGCAAAGGAAACCCAAGCUGUAACAUCACUGGAGUCAUCGCUUGACAUAGACUUCUCUACCAUACCUUCAGCUUGGAACGAUGAUGAUGUCACAUCAGAUGGCAUGUCAAAAGGAAGUGACGAGAAGCAGGUUGUAAAUGACAAUGGAAAGUUUGAAUGUUCAGUUUCUUCAAAGCCAGCUGAAUCAGGGCAUCUUACAUCGAAGUCAACGACAUCACCAAAGAAAGACAUCGCAGUAAACAGUACCAGGCAAAGUCCUCUAAAUUGUGUAUCAAGUCCAUCGGUUUCUAAAUCAGAAGUAAAGGAUGGUGAUGGUGAUUACCAAGUAACCAACAUGGCUUCUAAAACAUCUACUUUGGUAAUUAGAAAGGACCAAUCUAAUCAAGCAGCUAUUGACACAGCAACCGAAGAUACUAGAUCUGAGAGCACGGAUAUUGAUAGGCUUUCUGUUGGAGUAUCUUCAGUAACAUUAAGCAGAAAAGAUGGGGUUCAAAGUAUUGCCGAAAACCAACAACCGGAUGCAAUCCUAAGUACUUCAGUUGUGGUGCCCUUUAGUCAGAAUUUGAAACUUGCUGAGUGUAAUGAUUCUACAUGUCAGCCUAGUUCAGAUAAGCAUCGUGAUUGGUGUUCAGAUAUCCAGAGUAGUGUGUCUCCUCAGUUAAAUGACAUAGAAAGUUAUGCAGUAGCCACUGAUAAAUCUCAUGGUAGAGUGCUGGAUGCUGCUGAUCAAGCUUCGUCUUCACCAUAUGUCCAUUUCCCUAACACUGCUCCUAUUUCACUGUGGAAUGGUAAAGAGAUUAACCAUACAUCAACAAGUGAUAGAACUUCCACAAUGAUGCAACCUGGGCUGUUAUCUUCAGUUGACAGCACUUCUACCAUGUUAAAUGGACAUCAAGAAGGGCUAGGGACUAUAUAUGCACCUGGUAAGGUUUCUGAACAUCCUAGAAUGAAAAACCAUCAGCCUGGAGCAGUUGGUGCAGUGAGAAUUGAUAACAUAGGCAGUUUUGACAAGGCUGUAAGUGUAAAUAAGGAUGAGAGCAGCAUAAUUGCUGAUAUUUUGUCUUUGGAGUUUGAUCCAUGGGAUGAGUCGUAUUCAACGGCUAACAAUUUUGCUAAGAUGCUUAGUGCAUCUGAAAAGAACGAUGUGCUUUUUGAUGCACGUUCAUGGAAAACAAAAACCAGCAAUAGUGAGUCUAGAUUUUCAUUUGCUAGACAAGAUAAUCAAGGAAGCCUCCUAGAUUCAUCUAUGAGAAAUUAUAAAAGUGAGCAGAAUUUCAGUUUGCCAUCCCAGAAUUCUCAUGGAAACAUUUAUCAGAGUGGCAUUGCAUUUCAAUCUCCUGAGGAAGGUUUCUCAAAGAGCAACUCUCUUACUAUGUUGGAUAUGCUAGCUACCGGCACAUCAAAGCCUAAAGUAUCCGCGCCUCCUGGAUUUUCAGCACCAGCAAGAGUUCCUACUGGGUUUUCUUCUGGAUUUUCAUCCCAUGAGGGGUUGAAUCCACCUCCAGGAUUUUCAUCUCAUAAUGGGCCUAAUCCCCCUCCUGGAUUUUCUUCUCAGGGUGGGUCUAAUCAGAUCUAUGGUUCGGCAUACUCAGAAACUCGCCCAUUUGAUGAUCUUUUGGGUAUAAAUACUAGCCAUUAUCAACCACAGUUAGCUAGACAAACAAGUGAUAUAGAAUUUGUUGAUCCUGCUAUAUUGGCUGUGGGUAAAGGGCGGAUGCCUGGAAUAAGUGAUUCAGGGUUGGAGAUGAAAACUUCCCAUACUUUUCCUUCGCAGUUGCAAACAUCAAAUGAUCCAAGGUUUCAAUUACUUAUGCAGCAGAACAUGCCUUCCCAUCAAAAUGUUGGAUUUGCAGAACAUGUUCAAGAUGCAUUCAACCCUAUGAAUGAUAAUUAUCUUGCAUCCCGACUUAUACCUCAGAACCAUGGUUCUCUAUCCUCUUACACACAGAUGUCACUCCAACAACCUAGAAGCUCACAUCUUACAAAUGGUCAUUGGGAUGGCUGGGGUGAUUUGAGACAAGGGAAUAAUGUUUCCAUGCCUGACAUGUCAAGGAUGUUAUAUCCAACUGAAGCAAACAACUUCCACAUGCUGGGUUCAAAUGAUCUGUAUAACAGAGCUUUUGGACUGUGAUUAUCUUUGGGAGAUGCGACUUGACCUAUCACCCAGCUAACUUGCACAUUUCUCAGUUCUUGAAAUUGAUUGGUUGCACAGGCUCAACUUGGUGAUUGUUGAGCUUGUGGAUUGGCGCAUGAGUGUUUAUUGAAAGGCAUUGGAUUCAAGUGGACCAGCAUGAAACUGGGUGUGUAACCAGACGUUUCAAGCACCAGGUUCUGUUUUGGGCGAAAGGAUAUAUAUAUCAAAGAUGCAUCCAUGAGGUUGUCCUUCAAGUUUAUAUAUACUUGUGGUGGAAGCAGACUCGAGAAUAUAUAAACCGUUUAGCAUUUGCUUCUUUCUUCUUUUUUUGCCGUCAUGUGGAAAUAUUUUCUUGGUUUUGGCAUAGUAAAAGCGUCAUUUUGUACAUGAUACGUUACUCGUUGCUAGUAGCUUUUGUGGUGCACAUGAGAUUAUUUUGUUGAUGGGUUUGCUGAACCAAACGUAAAUGGCUAUAUGGUACCAGGCCAGCCAGCUUAUGCUGAAUUGGGUGUUGUUUGGUGUUGAAUCAAAAACAAGGUCGAGGAGUACUUCGGUGUGCUGUUGUUAAUAAUAUCAAUUCAUGACAAAAUCUCUGUUCCUUUUUUC